GAAGGUGAAGAUAAUUUUAUAACUCGGAUGUAUCCUAGUGGAUUGAAUAUCACACCUUGGCCAAUUUUCAAUGAUCCUGCUUGGUUUAAGAGUUUAAAAGAUCUUAAAAAAAUUCUUGAUAAACAACAACCUAAAUAUGAGAAUGCUCGUAUAUUUUUACAAAAUACAAAAGUUAUUAUGGCUAAAUUGAAGAUUUGUGAUUGGGGAUCUUUAGAUGAAAACUUAGUUCAAAUUCGUAUUUCAACUCUUAAAAGACUUCUUCCAACAGUUAUUUCACUUGGAGUUGAGCAAAAAGAUCAAUCUACCGAACAUUUAUUGAAUCGAGAUACAGGUCUUAGUAUCGAUGAUCCGGUUGUCCCUAUAACAAAUAUAUUUGAAGAUUUCGAAAGUUCAGCAACUUUGCUUGUUGAUGCAGAAAUUUUACUAUUCGAAGAAAAUACAGAUUUUGUUCAACUUUCGGCUGAUCUAAGAGUUUAUUUUGAAGAGAAUAUACAACAACGUAAAGAGGCGCAUAGCGAUGUUAUAUGGUUUAAUCGUUUAGCAAAAUUCUUUAAAUAUAUUAUUGAACGUAGAGUUUCUCGUGUUCAAGAAUGGUUUGAUCAAAAUACUGCUAAAUUUCCACAAGAUAAUAGUGAUGUUGUGAUUGGUCGAUAUGCUGUUGAACAAGAAAUUAGUAAACUUACACUUCUAUGGACAUUAUGUGGUCUUACUUGCAACGAUUGUAACCUUAAGUGUUUAAAAAAUCGAGAUCAUAAGGAAGGUCAUGAGUGUUUAACAAAUCAUGAGUGCCCCUCAACCUGUCAAUUUACUGAAGCACAUGAUGAUAAAAGUAUCAUCCCACCAUGCAGUCACAGAGCUGGUCAUGAAGGAAAACAUGCAUGUUCUCUUAUUAGCCAUUUGUGUGGAAAACCUUGUUGUUUUUCUGAUAAACGAAAUUGCCAAAAGCGAUGUUCGAAAGAGAUCGGUCAUGAAGACGAAGAUGAAAAGCAUCUAUGCCAAUCUCCACGUCAUUAUUGUGGAGCACCGUGUUCGUUAGUUACUAACACAAUAAAAGGCGACUAUAAUUGCCCCAACAAAUGUAUUAUACCUUGUGAAGAGCAGCAUGACUCUCAUCGGUGCGAGAAUGAAACAUGUCCUAUUCCAUGUCCGAUUAAAGAUUGUCAACGACGUUGCAAAAGCGACGAUCAUUUUCAUGCUUAUUCGGAACUUUUUGUCGAACAUUUUUGCGGAAAUGAACAUCAAUGUCAAGAAUAUUGUGAAGAACCCGGUAUUUGUAAAGUUCAAACUGAACCAAAAAAACAAGAGGAAACCUAUAAAGGGCUUGUUGAUUCUACCUCCAUUACUUUUAUUAAGUACAUUCAAGUAAGUGAUAGAUUACAGUGUGGUAGAAAAAUUCCACCGGAUUCAUUCAAACAUGAAGGAAAACAUUCUCAUGAUUCAAAUGGUGAGGGAGUACAUUAUUGUGAUGAGAAAUGCAGCUUUUGUGAAUAUUAUUGCACUUUACCCCAUGGGCAUACACAAAAACAUGAAACACGCCAUGGAAACAUGAUCCAAACAGAAUUUACCGCAGAAGAAAAUGAAUUUGAAUAUGGAGGUCAUAAAUUAAGAGCCGGAGAUGAAGGAACUUUUGUAUUGUGUAAUUUG